UGUGUCUUUAGCCUCGCUUAUAAGUAAGUGCUAUAUCAUAUCAUUUUUUGUUCGUUUCUCUCUCCCACUGUCCUUCCAAUGGAACUAGGAAGUGCUCUCCAGUUUCUUGAUAGCAAGUCCAUUUUAGUCACUGGUGCCACUGGGUUUUUGGCAAAGAUUUUUGUGGAGAAAAUACUAAGAGUUCAACCCAAUGUGAAGAAGUUAUAUCUUCUUUUAAGAGCUGCAGACCACAAAUCUGCAAUACACCGUUUGCACAAUGAGAUCAUAGGGAAGGACCUGUUCAAAGUUCUGAAAGAAAAACAUGGCAAAAAUUUCAGUUCAUUUAUAUCAGAAAAAAUUACUCUUAUCCCUGGAGACAUCUCUCGUGAGGAUUUGGGUGUGGAAGAUUCCAAUUUGGUACAAGAGAUGUGCAGGGAAGUGGAUGUUGUGGUUAACCUUGCUGCAACCACCAACUUUGAUGAAAGAUAUGAUGUGGCCCUUGGCCUCAACACAUUGGGAGCUAAAUUUGUUCUAAACUUCGCCAAGAAGUGUGUCAAACUAAAAGUGCUUGUUCAUGUAUCUACAGCUUAUGUGUCAGGGGAAAGGUCAGGGCUUAUACUAGAAAACUCAUACAACAUGGGAGAAACACUCAAUGGUGUCUCUGGCUUAGACAUUAACGUUGAGAAGAAAGUGGUAGAGGAAAAAAUGGAGGAACUAAGAUCGCAAGGAGCUUCGGAGAAGGAAAUUACUCAAGCCAUGAAAGAUUUGGGCAUUGAGAGGGCAAGGAUGUAUGGCUGGCCAAACACUUAUGUAUUUACAAAGACAAUGGGAGAAAUGUUAGUUGGGUACAUGAAAGGAAAUAUGCCCACAGUCAUCAUACGGCCUACCAUCAUAACUAGCACUUACAAAGAGCCAUUCCCUGGUUGGGCUGAAGGAGUCAGAACCAUCGAUAGCCUUGCAGUUGGUUAUGCUAAAGGAAAAUUGACAUUCUUCCUUGGAGAUUUAGAGUCAAUAGUUGAUGUGAUACCAGCUGAUAUGGUGGUGAAUGCCAUGAUUGUAGCUAUGGUAGCUCAUGCAUCAUGUCAACCAUCCGAGACCAUUUAUCAAGUUGGUUCAUCUAUAAGAAACCCUCUGAGAUAUUACAAUCUUCAAGACUAUGGCUUCCGUUACUUUUCCAAGAAACCUUGGAUCAACAAGGAUGGAAAGCCUGUAAUAGUUGGCAAGGUUAAAGUUAUGAACAGCAUGGACAGCUUCCACAGAUAUAUGGCAAUUCGAUACUUGCUACUUUUGAAGGGACUGGAAUUAGCAAAUACAGCAUUUUGCCAGUUCUUUCAGGGUGUUUACAGCGAUCUCAAUCGGAAGAUCAACUUUGUCAUGCGAUUGGUCGACAUUUACAAGCCAUACUUGUUCUUCGAUGCCAUCUUUGAUGAUAUAAACACCGAGAAGUUAAGAAUGGCGGCUAGAUCGAGCAUGGUGGAGAAAGAUAUGUUCUACUUCGACCCCAAAUGCCUUGAUUGGGAUGAUUACUUCAUGAAUAUUCAUAUUCCUGGCAUCGUAAAAUACAUCUGCAAAUGAUAACAAACAAGGAAAAGCUAAUAUUACAGGGGUUGUGCUUCCAAGAAUUCAUGCUUUAAAUUUAUUUCAGAAAAUGUGUUCUAAUUUAAUUGGUGUUACUUUAUUCAUGGCAGCAUGAAGCAUUUAUAUGGCCGUCAACAAUAGUGUUUAAGAAUAUCUUCGAAGUGUAUUUGAUCAUAGUGUCUUUCAACUAUAUAUUGUCCUCACGAAUAUGAAAUGCUGUUGGAACAAAUAUAUGUUCAGCUUUGUGGAAUCACGAAUAGAAAUUUGUUCC